UCGACUUUCACGACCACCAUCAACGCUCCGACUCCUCUUCUCUUGCGUGUGUCCUUACCUUAGUAUCUAGGCCUCGUACUCUCUCCCACCAAUACUCUAGACGCACAUCCGCAGCUAUGGGCUCCCCAUUUUCCAUAAACGGCGGCGCCUGCGUAGCCAUGGUCGGCAAAGACUGCGUCGCGAUCGCCUGCGACCUGCGGCUCGGCAUGCAAGCCCUCACCGUGUCCAACAACUUCCCCAAGAUCUUCCCCUACGGCGACGUGUACCUCGGGCUGACAGGCCUGGCCACCGACGUGUCCACCGUCAGCGACCUGUUCCGCUACAAGGUGAACAUGUACCGCCUGCGCGAGGAGCGGCCCAUCUCGCCGCAGACGAUGGCGAACCUGGUCAGCAGCACGCUGUACGAGCGGCGCUUCGGCCCGUACUUCGUGAGCCCGGUGGUUGCGGGCAUCAACCACACGACGGGGAAGCCGUUUAUCUGCGGGUUCGAUAGUAUUGGGUGCAUUGACUUUGCGAAGGACUUUAUUGUGAGCGGGACGGCGAGUGAUCAGUUGUUUGGAACGUGUGAGGGGCUGUGGGAGCCGGAUCUGGCCCCCGAGGACCUCUUCGAAACCGUCUCGCAAGCCCUCCUCAACGCCGUCGACAGGGACGCUCUCUCCGGCUGGGGCGCACACGUCUACAUCAUCGAGAAGGACAAGGUCACGAAGCGGUUACUAAAGGGACGGCAGGACUGAGGGGUCGGCGACGGCGACUGGGGCAGUCACAUCACGGACGCAAAGCUGCGAGGGCAGAUUGUGUCGAGGUGGGCCAAUAUAAUCAUACAGGCGCCAGUCUGGGGGGUUAUUGGAAAGGCACAUGUAUUAUGGCACUAGACUUUCUGGCAUUGAGCGUACAAUGAAAGAACUCUCUUCUACUGAAGUUGAGAGGCUAUUAUGAGUCUUA